UCAGCAUGCCCCAUUACAAGAUUGUAAUAUUACAUACAUUAAUGUAUAACACGUUAACAGAUUGCACAAUUGUAAUAUCGUGAUUCAUUGCCACGGACGAUUUCUGUUUUUAAUACAAAUAGCUUUAAUGUCUACCUUUAAACCUAAAGACUAUGGAAGACUGUUAAUCCAGCGUGCCGAUAACGGCUAGUCAAAGUCUAAGUUCAUAUUUGAUGAAGACAGCAAUUUCUGAAAUUUCAAGCCAGCAUUCAAACGAAAUCAGACAUGUGUGGAGGAAUAGUGGCAGGGAAGAUUGCUUUUGUUACAGGCGCCGGCAGUGGGAUUGGUCGUGCUGUGUGUCAAGUACUGUCUAGGGAAGGAGCAAAGGUCAUUGCUGCAGAUCAGAAUGCGAUAGCAGCUCAAGAAACAAAAGGCCUCAUCUCAGGUGUUAGGUGUAAUGACCACAUUUCUGUCAGUGUUGAUGUGUCCAUAGCAGAAAGUGUUGACAUGGCUAUCAGUGAUGCCAUCAGACAUUAUUCUAAGCCUCCAUCAGUGGUAGUAAAUUCUGCAGGAAUUACUUUGGAUAACUUCCUUCUUAAGAUGGAUGAAAAGUGGUUUCAGAAAGUUAUAGAUGUCAAUUUGAAGGGUACUUUCCUGGUGGUUCAAGCUGCAGUGAAAGCUAUGAUAGAUGCAAAGGUAUAUGGAGGUUCUGUUAUAAAUAUAGCAAGCAUUGUUGGGAAAACUGGCAACAUUGGUCAGUGUAACUAUUCUGCAAGCAAAGCUGGUGUAGAAGCUUUUACCAAGACAGCCGCCAAGGAGUUUGGACAAUUUGGUAUCCGAUGCAAUGCUGUAGUGCCUGGCUUCAUCAAGAGCCCAAUGACUGACAGUGUCCCAGAAAAAGUAAUACAGAAAAUAAUCCCAUUCAUAGCAGUGGGCCGUAUGGGCAAGCCAGAAGAAGUAGCUGAAGUCAUCGCCUUUCUGGCUUCAGACAGAAGUUCAUAUGUGAAUGGAGCAUCUAUUGAAGUUACUGGAGGGUAAUAAAUCUUCAGGUUUUGUGCCCAUUUGAAAUAGGAUUAUGAGUAUUCUGAAAUAAUUGCACAGUGAAGCCCAACUUGUGCUACACUGCAACUACCGAUGCAACAGAUGUGCUUCCUAAUGAUUUUGUAAGUGUGUGACAAUGGUUGGUUUUUAUACCACAGUGAUGUUGGGAGUUAUUUUAUAAUUUAAAUCCAUUCACUGUUAUCAAAUUAUAUAUAGCUUAAUUUUAAUAAACCAUCAAACAUGAUUGUUCACUUAUUCUUGUACAUCAUGUUGUUUCUUCAUAUUUCUUGUAUUAUUUAAAUUACAUAGACAGCUUUUAAUUUUAUUUUCCAUAAGAAAUUGUUGUUUUUUCUUACAUCUUUUCAGUGUCUUAACUGAUCAGCCUGGUAAUUUCCCCAUAUAAAGCAUUAAUGUGUUCUAUGUUGUGUCCUUAAAUUUAGAAUGAGAUUGCCUUAAUGUAUAUUGGACCCUCUGUUACAAUAUAUAUUGUGCCUGAAGCUGCGUUUCCUUUCAACUGAUUUUCUCAGUUUGAGACCACAUCAGGAGUUGGACAUGGAAGUGUGUUAUUACCAAUGUUGUUUAAUGUUAUAAGAAAAUGUAUUUGUGUGCAUACACACACAGAUGCAUAUAAACAUACAUAUAUAUUUUGUUAAGAAGCAUACUGUCAUAUCAGUAAUAAAAAUGUAUAUGACAAUAAACACAGUUAACUCCGAUCA